CGUUGGUUUCCGCUAAACCCGGAAGUGCUCGGCCAGGUUGCUAUUUCUAGCAUCACAGCGCAGCGCGACGGCUUCAACUUAUGACUUUCUUCUGUGUAAAAGGGCGUAAGAUAUAAGUUAAAAUGUCCGGAGGGCUCCAGCUGGAGAAUGCCAACCCGGUGAUCUUCCAGCGCUCCGGGGAGAGGCUGCUGACGUCCUCCGAGGAGGACGGAGACGUUCACGACCCCAUCGACGACAGGGAAAUAUUCGAUCUGAUCCGGUCCAUCAAUGAUCCGGAGCACCCGCUGUCUCUGGAGGAGCUCAACGUGGUGGAGCAGGUUCGAGUUCAGGUCAACGACACAGAGAGCACUGUGAGCAUCGAGUUCACUCCCACCAUACCCCACUGCAGCAUGGCGACGCUCAUUGGCCUGUCCAUCAAAGUCAAGCUUCUGCGCUCCUUGCCAGACAGGUUCAAAAUCGAUGUUCACAUCACUCCUGGAACUCAUGCCUCAGAGGAAGCAGUGAACAAGCAGCUGGCGGACAAGGAGAGAGUGGCUGCAGCUUUGGAGAACUCGUCCCUGUUGGAGGUGGUCAACCAGUGCUUGUCCAGCAGGACCAUCUAAGCAGCCUGGCAACAUGUUUUUGGAUUUUUUUCUGGCAGUGGAAACCCGGACAGCAUUAUAUGUUCACUAACCCUCAGUUGUGCUAUACCUAGCAGGUCAGACCUCUCUUUGUGAUGUGGAGCUGCAGCUGAUGGUCAUUAGGUAAUAAAUCACAGCCAAAUGUCUGUUAGGUUCAUCAGUAACAGACUUUGAGAUUUACUUUCUGUCUUUUAUAUAGAAGUUUUGUUGUCGAGCGUUUGUUCUUGCCUGUAUAUAAUAUGCAUAUUUUUCAAGAUUUAAUAAAAUCACUCAGAAAACAA